UGUAUGCAAACAUCUACAUAGUUAUAUAUAGAGGAAAAGAUCAGUAAUAACACAUUGAGGCUUAAUUUACGCCGUAGUUACAUAAUAUCGAUGUAGUAAUUUUAAUUCGUGUAAACGUACUAUGCAAUAACUUGAUAACUGUCCAAAACAUCAAAUACUAGAAUGUUUUCAUGCAAGAAAUAUUUAACAGGAACUGCUAUAGCUUUGUUAUGCGUAUUUAUCUUCUGUGAAUAUUUGAUAUAUUAUCUUGUGCUUAUUCAAUGUUCAUGGCCUACUUUGGACUCUCGAAAAGUCGAUAAAACAAUUCCACAACCAAAGAAAGAAGAAACUCCGGUGCAUGCAUUGUUUAUAGCAGAUACUCAUUUGUUAGGUUCUAAACGAGGACAUUGGUUUGAUAAACUAAAAAGGGAAUGGCAAAUGUACAGGGCAUUCCAAACUAUGGUUACACUUCAUAAACCAGACAUAAUUUUCAUAUUAGGUGAUUUAUUUGAUGAGGGACAAUGGAGUAGUUCUGCAGAGUUUGAUCAGUACAUACAAAGAUUUCAUUCACUAUUUUCAGUACCUAAAAAUACACAUCUUUAUGUUGUUGCCGGAAAUCAUGAUAUUGGAUUUCACUAUGCAAUUACGCCAUAUUUGAAUCAAAGAUUUAUGAAUGGUUUAAAAUCACCAAGUGUGAGAAGAGUUAGUAUAAGGGGGAAUCACUUUGUUUUAAUCAAUAGUAUGGCCCUAGAAGGAGAUGGAUGUUUCUUGUGUCGUCCUACGGAAAUAGCAUUAAAUAAAAUAGCAGCACAUUUAAGAUGUGCAAAAGGUAUUGGAAGUCAUUGUGGUGAAGAUAAUGCAAUCUCAAGAUAUAGUAGACCAAUACUUUUGCAGCAUUACCCAAUGUAUCGUGAAUCAGACGAAAUUUGCCAUGAAAUUGAUCAAGCACCAGAUGAAAUAAAAGAUAUUAAAUUUAGAGAACGAUGGGAAUGUUUGUCAAAGGAAGCAUCUGAACAACUUUUAGAUAUAUUGAAUCCAAGACUGAUCAUUAAUGGCCAUACUCAUCAUGGUUGUAGAAGAUUACAUUUAGGGAAUAUAUUUGAAUUUACAAUAUCAUCAUUUAGUUGGCGCAAUAAAGAUAAUCCUUCAGUCUUACUUGGUGUAUUUACUCCUAAUAAUUAUUCUGUAUCAAAAUGUUAUCUGCCCGUGGAAUCUACAGAGAUCCAAAUUUAUAUUAUGAGCAUAGUGUUCAUUUUUAUAUAUUUUAUUAUAAAAUGUAAACUAAAGAAGAGUCGAUAUUACGUUUUAAAUUUUCAUUGA